AUGCAUGAACUUUCAUCCACCUAUAAUUGGUAUCCAAUUGCCGAGAGAUUAAUAUUAGAUUCUGUGAAUUCUUCGUUGGCAAGUUUAGAUGAAUACCGCACAUCUUGUGCUAAUAGUCAUGUACAAUCAUUCACAACAUCAUAUCGAUCGUUGUUGAUGAAAUUAUUACCAACAAUAGAUGCUUUCCUACUUCACUGUAAACGGGCUGCGGUACAAUCAAAAACAACAAAAACUCGAAAUUUAAUGUGUCUACACGAUAUUUAUGUUGAUUCUUCAACAAGCGAGAGUAUUUCGGAUGAUAAUGGACCCUCGGAGGACGAUGAAGAGAUGGGCCAAGGAGAGUUCCUUUUUGAUAGCGACGACGAAAGUGUUCAUCUUUUUACCAAUGAAUUAUUGCAGCUAAAGUUCUCAGAUUUGGAUUUACAAUCAAAACCUGAACAAAAUAGCCAACUGCGUUUUCAAAAUCCAGAGUAG